AAGCCCAAUUACCCUUACACUUGGAAUUAUUUUCAGAAAGUUCAAUAGAAAUCCCUUACGAGGAAUCCCUAAACAGACGUAUCGCUCAAAUAAUAGGAACCUUUACAGACGCACUAAUAUUAGCCAAAGACAAUAUUGGAACGAUUCAGCAAGUACAAGAGGAAUGUUCCAGAAAAAUUGAGAAAGCUUCCAUCUUUAAGGAAGGUGAUUUAGUAAUAUUGUAUGACGUCGCUAAACAAAAUGUCCAUGGUGAAAAGUUUACCUUACGAUGGACAGGACCUUAUUACAUCCAUAAGAAAAUUGGUGAUAAGACUGUAAUACUCAGAGAUAAAGCUGAUCCUGAUAAAUUAA